UGCCAAUAUUCAAUUUAUUGAAUUUUAAAAUAUACAUUGAUUAGUGAUUUUAUCAAGAAAUAUUGUUAUUAAUAAUUAAUCAGCAAUUUUAAUCGGCAAUAAGCAAUGUCAAAAAGAGUUUGUUUGGUUUGUGGUGUCAGCGCUAAUGGCAUCAAUUUCUGUGCGCUCACGUGCCAGUCCUGUAAGGCUUUCUUCAGGAGGAAUGCCCACAAACAAGAGGUUCAAUAAUAUUUAUAAUUUAUAAAUAAAUGUCUAAUUAUGACAAACUGGUACCAAAAGUACAAGUGUAGGUUUGGAGACAAUUGUGUGAUUACUGAAGAAUCGCGAAAAUUGUGUCAAAAAUGUCGGCUCAAGAAAUGUUUCGCAGUCGGCAUGAAAAAAGAAUGGAUACUGAAUGAGGAGGAGAAGGAGUAUAGGCGACAACGGAUUGAGGAGAACCGCAAAUAUAGAGAAAUGCAUCACAUGAUGUCCCAGAAGUUGACAAAACUGCAGAUUCGGUUGAUCAGUGAAAGGGAACCGACCCUGACAAUUCCCAAGUUUAAUACCGUUCAUGAGCUCAUGGCGUACGAUAUAUUAAAAGCUGCCCUACACUAUAACUCCUACAAGAAGUGUUGGACUAUUGAAACGAUAAUGCCCAUAUUACUAUUUAAUCCCGAGAGACCAAACAUUAUAAAUAGGGAUAUGAUCGAAUUGCAACAACAGUUGUACAUAUAUUUACUUCAGAAAUAUUUGAGUCUAAAUAUCCCUAUUGAAAGUACCAGCAUCAACUUCUGUGCCAUUACUUGUCAGUCAUGCAAAGCAUUCUUCAGGAGGAAUGCCUACAAUUUUGAG